CUAACGUUGAAACCACAUAUCCGCAGCCUGAAACGCAUAGACAACACCCACCCUGCGCCUUACUAGGCUUUUUGUGUGCUCUCAGCGCUGCGAGCAACAGUCGAGUUGUCCUAGAGUUCUUUCGAUUUGCCUCCAAAGCUCAACUCACUCACAUUGCGCUUAGGCGCUUACCAGUCGCCACGACCAACUCCAAGAGCGACUGCAAAGCAAGUUGAAGAGCUGCUCUCAGAAGCAGCCGCGCUAUUUUCGAGACAACUGUCCGUUUUUCCAGCUUCCAUGAGUAGGCAUUGAUGGACGCAAUCUAGCUUGCACUCUUCAGACGAAGCCCCAACUCGGCCCGGUGCUCACCCGCUUCGUUCACUCCAAGUCCCACGAAAUCGGAGUCGACAGCCAGCCACGCAUGUUAGCUGGUCCGCAAGCGCAGCCGGUCGAUAUCCACCGGAAAAUGCCGAUUAGCAAGGGCCGGGCAUCUCUGGAUUCCGCGCCUGUGGGCAGCAUAGAGCAGGCGCUGCUCACGCUGAAGCUCAGCGCCAAAGACCCAGACGUCGUUUCGCGGUUAGACAAGGUCCUGUACACGCUGCGCGACGUGGUCAGCGGGCCCAACAUCAUGAUGUGCGAGGACCAGGAGGCUCUGUGGUGGGAGGCCUUUGCGGAGGUCUUUGCAAGCGAGGUGGACGCGCAGACGCGUGCCUGCGGCGGUCGGGAGCCGUCGCCGGGCUGCAAGCGCCAGAUCCUGGCCGACAUCCUGGUGUGGGCGGAGGUGACGCAGGAGCACUACGACAGCGGCACGCUCAGGUUUGUGACGGAGCCGCACGAGGCAGAUGAGUCAUUCCAGCGCAUCGGCCGCACCUUCCGCGCCGUCAAGGCGUCCAAGGGCCUCGGCGGCGCUUCGUCUUCCGCCGGCGGCGGCCCUUCGCAUGCCUGCGGCGGCUCCAUGGGCGGCCCUUCGGCGGCGGCGGCGGCGGCGGCAGGCCACGGGUACGAGGCCAACGCGGGGGCACAGCGACCAGCUGUGAGCGGGAGCAGCGAUUCUGCUGGCUCCGAUCUCAGUUCUGACACGAGGUCCUGAUCAUGAUACUGCGAAUAUUUGUCGUGAUAGAUAGAUAUAGGUAAACAGUUUCUGAGGUGUUGAGUAUUGUGCCAAUGCCCUUGCGAUUGGGCGCGUGGCAAGGCAGGCAGCCGGGCCAGGGGCAGGACGUGUGCCGCCGCUGCGGCUAACGGCCUCAUGCAUGGUAUUACAUUGUUGCUUGGAGGAAUGGAACACACGUGAUUGCGUUCAUGAUUCACCCGAGGUCGGGCCGGCCCGGCAGGUGAGGCCGGGGCGGCCAGGCAGGCAGCACGCACGCGUGUACGUGUGUGCGUCUUUGUUGGCUGCUGCUGCAUAUGCUGCUGCUCAAGUUUUGUGCCCCUUCGCACCGAAGCGGGCUUGCAUGAUGGCUCUUCACGGGAUUUGCAUGGCUAUUGAGGGGGGGCUGCGCAUGGCUCUCCCCCACGGACUGUUUGCAUGUCGGGCACGGUGGCAUAACGGAGUACGGCAUAGCGUGGCGCCCGGUACGGCAGCACGCACGCGUGUGAGAGCAUUGCGACUUUGCCAAGCGCGUCUUGCGCCACACGCGGCGGGACGCCGUACGUGUGGCGCUGCGUGUCAGCAGACCAGACCAGUUUUUUUCCUGGCGGGUGCCGCAAGUUUGCAUUCGGGCUCGGCAUUUGCCGAUGCUCACACACGCACACAAACACAAACGCAUUUCUCCCACCAAGGCGCGUGCGUGUGGCAGUGGCGGAGCGGGGCGUUGAGGGGGGCUGAUGCUGGUGCAUGGCGGGUGUGGAGGAUACGUGCCUGCGUCGCUGUCGCCGGUGCCGCCGCUGCCGCAUGGGCACAGGGGCACCUGGCUUGCGGGCCUAGAAUGUGGUAAUGCCCACUGAUGCGGUGCAAACGGAGGUGCGGUACUGCGCACGCGCUGCGAAUCUGUUGACGCGGCACGCAGCGGCGGCUGCCCGCUACUGACUGGGGUAUUGCGCGCAGGAGUUUCGCACGUGGGUUUCGCACAGCAUAGGCGCUUAGAUGAAGAGGUGUUGGGUCGGGCUUUCGAACGAUAGGCGGCAAUGGCGGAGGAGGGCGAAGAGGGCGCCAGAUCCCGCGGCGCCUGUGGCGGAGUACAUGCCGGCCAUAACCAACGGGGAAGAGUGUGAGUUUGUGGGCACAGUGUGGUGGGGGGGCCGCAGGUGCAGGGGGAUGGUUCGGUGUGGCUCGCCACGUAUGCACUGCUCCUCUUCACGCAUGGUGGCAAUGCCUGGCUGUCAGGGCUACAGAUGCGCGCAUCCGCGUUGUGGCACGGCUGUGUACCAAGUUGUAAAGCACUGCUGUG